CCUCUCAUUUUCCCCACUCUAAUAUUCCCUCAAAUCCGCCAUUAAUUCUCUUCAACUGCUACAUCACAGUAAGAAUGUCCGCAGGCGAAAACGGAGGCUCCGACGGACGUAUCAAUGGAAUCAAAUCCGCACUUCGCGUCAUCCCUAACUUUCCGAAACCAGGUAUAAUGUUUCAAGACAUCACUACAUUGUUGCUUGAUCCGAAGGCAUUCAAAGACACGAUUGAUUUGUUCGUUGAGCAUUACAAACAUGAAAACAUUUCUGUAAUUGCAGGAAUUGAAGCAAGGGGUUUUAUAUUUGGUCCACCAAUUGCACUUGCAAUAGGAGCAAAGUUUGUUCCAUUAAGGAAGCCAAAAAAGUUACCAGGUGAAGUGAUAUCAGAAAAAUAUAUAUUAGAAUACGGAUCAGAUUGCCUUGAAAUGCAUGUUGGAGCAGUUAAAUCUGGAGACAGAGCUCUUGUUGUUGAUGAUUUAAUUGCUACUGGUGGUACCAUUUGUGCUGCAAUCAACUUACUUGAGCGUGCUGAAGCUGAAGUGGUGGGGUGUGCUUGUGUAAUUGAAGUACCAGACUUGAAGGGUCGGGAGCGAUUGAGAUCGCAUGGGAAGGAAUUGUACGUACUUGUCGAGUCGCAGUUUGAGCCAACUAAACAAUCAUAACUUUCCUGUAUUAUGGAAAAAAAAAAGUGUACAUUAGAGGGGUCUUUCUUUGGGCCAUAACUCUCUUUUCGUCCCAAAUCAAGUGGUAAAUUUUGGUGCUAAAACUCGAUUUCUGACUUGAUUCUUUUUAUGUGGGUGGAUGAGUGGAUUCAUAUACACUAUCGGUUAAUGCAUCUUUUCUUUGCAAUCAAUUACGAUUUUUAAUCUA